GAGAGGAACCAGCCACUGAGGACUAUCUUAGGAACGGCAUGGAGAGCAAAUGGAGUGGCUGGGUGCUGAUCGUUUCUGUGUGCCUGGGCUCCUACCAAGCCGGGGCCAGCCCCCUCCACGAGUGUGGCGAGCGGCCGGAGGACUGGUGCCGCGACGUGACCACGGCGGCCAAGUGUGGGGCCCUGGAGCUCUGCCAGCUCACCGCCUGGGACCAGGCCCUGGGGCAGAAGGGGAUCCCGUGUCACCUGUGCCAGGUGGCCGUCUCCGUGAUGGGCAAGAUCUUGCAGGACAACCGCACUGAGGAAAAGCUGAGGCUCUUCUUGGAUAAAAGAUGCCAGUACCUGCCCUUCCAGGACUGGUCUGUCAAGUGCAAGAGGAUGGUGGACACCGGCAUCCUCAUCCUCGCCCAGCUGGGCAAGCAAGUGCUGUCAGACCCGAAGGUGGUGUGUGGGACCAUCAAGCUGUGCCAGCCCCGGGAGAGACCCACGGGGGCCUUGAAGUUUCAGAAGCCACCACCAGCUCCCACAGGGCCCACUCAGGAUUUCGCUGACCUGGUCGCCCCCUUCAUGGCCAACGUACUGAUGUGUCCCUGUAUCUUGCAGGACAUGGAAGAGGUGUGUGGGGACUGCCUGCAGCUGGUGUCAGCCGUGCAGCUGGAGCUGGGGGCCAACAUUGCCUUCACCCAGACACUGGUGGCCCAUGCUGAGGGGGUGUGUGAGGGCCUGAGCCCUGCUCUGGCACAGCAGUGCAAGCACUACCUGGCCGAGUACGUGGACACGACCGCGCAGCUCCUGCGGUACCUGCAGGCUGAGGACCCGAUGGAGCUGUGUGGCCAGCUGGGACUCUGUGCCUCCACCUCGGCACUGCCCUUCCACACACUGCUCACAGAGAAGGUGACGCAGGUUCUGAGCAUGCUGGGGGACAGGGUGGGGAACACUCCGCUGUGUGAGGUGUGCCAGUUCACUGUGAGGACAGCUGAGAGCCUCCUGGAGAACAACAUGACGGAGGAGCAACUGGUGAAUGACAUUGAAAAGGUGUGCUACAUGCUGCCCCACGGCGUCAUCGGGCAGUGCAAGGACUUCGUCAACUCCUACGGCAAAGCCGUGGUGAUCAUGCUGCUGGAGGCCACCGACCCAGCCGCCGUGUGCACCAUGCUGCACUGCUGCCCCCGCGGCGGGGACAUUUGUGAAGCGCUCAUACUGCAGUACGAGCCCGCGGCCGUGCGGCUCUUCGUGCAGAUGAUGGACCCCACCUUCGUCUGCACUAAAAUCCGAGCGUGCGACUCACGCAAGGAGGAUCUCCUGGGUUCGGACCCCUGUGCCUGGGGCCCACACUACUGGUGCAAGAACAUGGCCACGGCAGUCGAGUGCAAUGCCGUCGCACACUGCCGGCGUCACAUAUGGAACUAGGAGCCAUCUCCCCAGCUGGCUGGACUCCCUCUGCCGUUUGGUUCAGGAUCCUGGCUCCCCUCCCCUGGGACGUGCCUGCACCCAUGGAGGGCAAUGGCAGGAGGGCUGUGGGGAACCCCAGCUGCCUCUGCCACUUCCUUUUCCACCCCUGGGGCUUGGAUUUCCAAAUCAGGUUAAGGGACUCGUUAGUAUUUUCGGGAUUGGGGAUUCAUCCUUGACGUCUCUCAGGGUGUAAAAAUCCCCAUCCCCAGUCCUAUCCCCAUCCCCACCUCUAUCCCCAGCCCCAUCCCACCCUGAACCAGAUCCUGCAAUGUGGAGCCAUUCCUGUGGGCUGCAGUGGGUUCUGCUGCCCAAACGCAGGCCCCUCGCUCCAGGCCAGCAGCAGCCUCAUGCCACAGAUCUGGGGAUACUUAAUAUAUAAGCAUAUUGUAUAUAUCAUAUAUACUAAGUAUCUCCUGAAUAUGAAAUGAGUGAGUUUGGGUGCAAAGAUUUACUUCCACGCACCCAUU